AUGUCAAGGCUCUCACGAGCUGUAUCAGAUGCCCUAGGAGGAUCCUCACGCAGAGGCUCCUUUUCUGACGAAGGUCGCUACGUUUCUAGAGAGUCCAGGCUGUACGAGCCUCGUGGGAGAAGCGCACCAUACAACGAUGCAUCAUACCCUUCGCCCGGGGAGGAUUACUACUACGGAGAGCGCGAGUCUCCAAGAUCACGCCGAAGCCGUGCAACCGACUACUACUAUUCUCCUGAAACCACACCAGGCCGCCAUCGAGCCCGCAGUCGAGCUCUAUCUCCGGGUCCUACAUUGUCAAAAACACCAGAUAUAAGCGAAUCAUCUCGAAACAGCCGCCGGCAAAAGUCGACCCAUGUAAUUGAAGACUCCCGUCCUCCAGUAACGAGCCGCAUAAUCCCACCCCUCGUGUAUCAUGUCGACCCUUACACACCACCCUCUCCUCGCCGAGCCAGUUCUACAUCGUCGAGAAAGAGUAGAUCGAAAGAUUCUCCCGAACGCGAGAGCCGAUUUAGCCGCCUCCUUCGCCGAUCUUCAAGUCGAAACGAGUCUACUGAGAAGUUGAGCCAUCCCGAGCGCCGAUCAAGAUCCGAGAAGCCGCGGGGCUUGGUCGAGUGUGUUAUCUGCACAGAUGAAGUAUCAUCGUCCAAGGGUUCGGAUUUGAAAUGCGGGCAUCGCAUGUGCAACUCUUGCUUGAAGCGCAUCUUUCGACUUUCAGUAACAGAUCCCCAACAUAUGCCUCCACGAUGCUGUACAAAGGACGACAUCCCCCUCAAAUGUGUCGACCAGCUCUUUGACCAUUCUUUCAAGAAGAAUUGGAACGCCAAAUAUGACGAGUUUACAUCCCGUAAUCGACUGUAUUGCCCUGCUCGUGGCUGCGGUCAGUGGAUAAAGUCGGACAAUAUUCGCAAAGAGGGCAGUAGGAAGGUUGGUCGCUGUGGACGCUGCAAGACACGAGUAUGCGCCAAGUGCGGCGAGGUGAUGCAUACUUCGUCAAAAUGCCCCAAAGAUGAAAGCACCAAGCAGUUCCUCAACCAGGCUGCCGAGGAAGGCUGGAAGCGCUGCUACAAAUGCAAGGCUAUGGUUGAGCUCCGAGAAGGCUGUAACCACAUGACUUGCCGCUGCGGCGCCGAGUUUUGCAUGGUUUGUGGUGUAAAGUGGAAAGGCUGCGAUUGUCCUUGGUUCAACAACCACGCAGCAGCAGCCGACCAACUAAACCAUAUGAACAUCCCCGGCCGUGACACUGUCGCCGGAUACUAUCCAACACAUGCGCAAACCUAUGGGGACGAAAUGCGGCUUAGAAGGCUGCAAGAACUCCGCGAUUCGGUUGUUGCAAGAGAGCUCCAGAACAACGACUAUGCUUCUGGUCCGUACGACAUGUCAGGUGGCCUAGGUGGUGUAACUAGCUUCGGAAACGCUUCAGGACAUUUGAUGAAUGAAAGUUACCGGCGGCCGGCAUAUCUAUCGUCGUAUCCGUCACCGCCACGAGCAACCCGCGAUAGACCGGCGCGGUAUCCGGAGCCGGCGCUUGAGCCAGAAAUAUCUCGCGGCAUCUCAGAUCCGUACAGUAGCAGAUACCGCCGCGGAUCUCCUCCGGCACCGCCUCUACGACCGCGACAGAUUUUCAGUAGCGACCGCGCCGAUAUACCCCCGCCUCGAGGCGCCUAUCGAGACGAGCCGCGGUAUGACGCAGGUCUAACGAGAACUCGGUCAGAACGCGUGGUCCCAACUCGGGCGCCUAGACGAUAUGAGGAGGAGUCCAAGAUCUAUGCGCCGAGACACCAACGUCAUUCAAGCGAUUUAAUGGCCAAAUCAUCCGCCAUGGCCGGGUUAAACGGAAAGGAACGGGGUUCUGGGCGUGUUGCCGAAUGGGCGACGUUUGUUGAGCCGGGUGUGCCGGAGGGUGAAUCCGUGGUUGGCCACGCAUAA